CACACAUUUUCUUGUUGUUGUUCACUGAUUUCUCUCUCUCUCUUUCCCACACCUUUUCUCUCCUUUUUUCAAGAGUUUUCUUUCUGUGUAAUCUUUGGAUUAAAUUCUGUCCAUUCCACCUGCCCUCUCAAUAUCUUUUGGGCGUGUUUGCGUGGAAAACGGAACGAGUCAAAAACAGCCGAAAAAGUCAGUUUUCCCCUUAUCCGUCUAUCGGGAAACAUGCCCGUCUCUCGUGCUGAUGCAACAUGCUUGAACCGUAAUACGAAACAACGUCGUCUCGAACCAUUGGUCACCCUUGACUCUAGGGAUUACGGUAGUUGGCGUAAUGCUUCCAGCCCAUCAGCUUCUCCGAGUACCUCCAACAAAAGUCCACCGGUAUUUCAGGCUGAAAAGAAGAGAGUGCAUUGGCGGAAAUGA